UGGGAGAGGAGUUGUUUUCAGAUGGGGCAACGUCGUUGAUCUACGCCUUCGUGGCGCGAGGCACGGUCAUUUUAGCCGACUACACGGAGUUCACCGGCAACUUCACCGGCAUAGCUCUCAGUGUCUCCAGAAACUUCCUGCUUCAAACAACAAGUUCACUUACAACUGUGAUGGCCACACUUUCAACUAUCUCGUCGAUAGCGGCUUCACUUAUUGUGUGGUUGCUAUUGAAUCUGUUGGCCGACAGGUUCCUAUGGCAUUUCUUGAGAGAAUUAAAGAGGAUUUUACCAAGAUAUGGUGGAGGAAAAGCUGUUGCUCCUGCAAACAGCUUGAGCCAAGGAGUUUGGUUUCUGGAGGAUCUUUCCCUUCUUGGAGGGUCAUAUUCUUGUACCCAUAUGUACAUAUAUACCGGAUAUGUUAGACACAAGCCAAAACUGAAGGAGCAUAUGCAGUAUUGCAUUGAUCAUCCUGAGGAGAUUAGUAAGAUUGCCAAGGUGAAAGCUCAAGUUUCAGAAGUCAAAGGAGUUAUGAUGGAAAUAUUGAGAAGGUUCUGGACCGUGGCGAGAAAAUUGAGCUUCUGCACAAGAUUUCCGGCAGCAGGGAACCCAGAUGAGGAGAAAGAUGUGGUUUCAAAACAUGAAGAUAAAGCUGAUAGUUAUUGGAAUCCUGAUCGCUUUGAUUCUCAUCAUUGUACUGUCCGUUUGCCAUGGCUUCAAAUGCACUUGACGAAUUGCUUGUCAACUCUAAAUUCCACUGCCGUCUCAUAUAUCGCAAUUGCUGCAGUAACAAGUAAUGUAUGA